CGCCUAGUAGAAAAUGUUUGAACUACGAAGUGAAGCAAACAUUGUGAAAUUGCGCGGAAAUUAUUGAAAAGGAGCAGAUAUAGUGCACAUAAUAGCAAUAUUAAGUGCUGAUAUUGGUGCAGAAGUGGAAGCGUCAUGGGAGGCCGAAAAUGUGUGGUUUCCGGCUGUCCAUCGCACUCGGCGAGGAAGGAGGAUCGCGGAGUGACAUUUCACAAGUUUCCUCACAAUCCCAAGACACGCAUUCAGUGGCUGAACAUGUGCAAAAUGGAUCCGACACUGUUGCCCCCGAAGAGCAUGAAUGUGUGUUCUCGCCACUUUCGUCAAGUGGACUUUCAGACAUUUAAGGGCACCAAAUGCCUCCUGAAAAUUGGAACCUAUCCGACAAUCUUUCCCUGGGGCGUGACGCCAGAUCUACCGACAGAGGGCGAUCAGAAGAAGCUAAACGCUAAAGAGACAGGGACUUCGAAGGCUCCUGUUGAGAAGGGAGAGGAUAGUCUUAAGCCUCCUCUCACCGCUGAGCAGCUUAAGCUGAAGAAGAGCAGUGCAGUGAAGAGAUCAGCCAGUUUGGAGAAUGUGAAUAAGCAGCCACAGAAGAAAAUCCUUAGAAAGGCAUCAGACUCGAGUAUUGCCAAAGAGGAGAAAAUCGCGUCGCCGACAAAGAAGUUUGACCCGGUGACUUGCUUCACGCCGGGGACGCGCAUCGAGGCGCAGGAUUUCAAUAACGUGUGGCAUUCGGCAAUGGUCAUGGAGGUGGAUAAUGCCGACCGAGAAGUGCUCGUUCAUCUGGAGAUCAAGGAUCCGGAGAAGUCCACUGGGAUUGUCGACGAGUGGAUUCCAAUGGAUAGCAGUCGCUUGAGACCAAUGCAGGUGAAGAGUGAGGUUGACAAGCAGAAACCUCUGGUGACAUACACAAUUGGUGAGAAGAUUCACGCUCGUUGGAAUGAUGCUCGCAAGUUUAGGGCUACGGUUACGCAAGUUCUGGAGAACAACACUUACGAAAUACUGUUUGACGACGGCAUUUCGAAGGUGGUGACCACAAAGGAGAUGUGGAAGAUUCGUCCCAGUGUGAACAAUUUAUUUGGCAAAGCCCGUCCUCGUCCGAAGAAACGUCCAAAGCUGGGAAAAAUGCGCAUUCCGUCGCGAUACUACAGAAAGAAGGCGAGCUCUGUAAAUGAAAACGAAUGGUAUUGUCAAUGGAUUGACGAUCGACCCGUGGGCAGAGAGGGAUUCAUCGAGUGUGCGUCGGAGACUAAGAAGAGUUCAACGAUUGUGGACGAUCCGAGACUCCCUGAAGGCUGGGAGAAGCACAUCGUUGCUCGCUUCUCUGGCGUGACGAAGUGGGACGUGAUACUCGUGCACCCGAACGGGAAGAAGUUCCGCAACAAGCAGGAACUAAAGAUCUAUCUUGAAGAGACGAAUGAGUAUCAGUAUGAUCCGAAUGUGUUUGACUUUGGUAUCCACAAGAAGCGCGCUCGGUUGAUGAAAGUAUACACGUACACAGAAGAGUACAAGGCGAAAUUUGCUGAGAUGGCAAAAGCUCAACAAUUGGCCGCUCUGGAGGCGAAAUCCUUGGGGAAGGUGGAUGCAACAGUUGCUGCUGUUGUGGGGGAGCAAAUUAUCGGCGAGGGAUUUGUCUUGGUGGAUGGUCUGAAGGUGCAGAUAAUUGAGAAUUUGUUCAGAUGUCCCAAGGAGGGGUGCUUCAAAAACUUUAGGAAGGAGAAUCUCUUAAAGAUACACAUCAAGCACUAUCACGAGGAGAUUGCGAGGCAGCUUACAGCUCCGCCCACAAUGACUGACCUCGCGUACCAGAGAACAGUUUGUCAGGCCAUUGAAGAGAUCAUCCCAGAAAAGUCUCCGAGGGUGCAGCAGUUGGAGAAGAGUACACAAGACACUUCCCCGCCAAGGCUGCAGAGGAAAUCCAACACUGGGUCGAGUGGCGGGAAAGUUGGUGAGGUCAGGGUGAAACUGGAGGGCGGAUAUUUCAGACAAGGGAGUGAUAUGCAAGCGGACAUCGUGAAGAUCGAGCCAGAAAGUGUGCUGUCGAAGGAGAUGCUGGCUGAAGAGCCUCGUCGGAAGUACAGUCUUCUGGAGGAGGCACUCAAUUCCAAGGGCCCGUUGGAUAUAGGGAGGGACAGCAAAGGGCUGAAGUCACCUCUGUCUGAGCAUUCCCAGGAUGUAGAGUACACUGUGGACCCAGAGAUGCACAUCAAGACUCAUGCGGUGAGUCGACCCCAACUCCUGAAGCGCAAGAAGAGCCAUACUAAGUUCCGAGGAGUUUCCUCUUCAACGGGAUAUCGACGAAACUACGUGAAGAGGCGAUUGAUGCUGAAGAACCGCAUGGUUCUCGAAGCUAUGGGGGAUUCUGAGGAGACUCGACACUCUUUCAGUGCUGACAAUUUGUCGCAUCGACCAUCACUGAGGAGGGCCUUCGAUGAUGCUCAUGAGACAACAAAUAGUCAAACGACAACCACGGAGCACAGUCAAAGUCCGCAGUAUAUCAACGAGGGUGGGGAAUUGAUAAAGAUUGUGCGGAUGCGCCAGGAGGAGAUAAUCAACUGUCUGUGCUCCUUUUCGGAGGAGGACGGCCUCAUGAUCCAGUGUGAGCUGUGUCUGUGCUGGCAGCACGGCAUCUGUAAUGGAAUUGAGAAGGAGAGUCAAGUGCCGGAGAAGUACAUUUGCUACAUCUGUCGCAAUCCAGCUCGUGGCCGCGAGUCUAUGAAGUAUAUUCACGAUCAGGAUUGGCUGUAUGAUGGAAAACUAUCCACGACGCAGUAUCACGCGCAAAAUCCAAGUCUCUCGGAUCGCUUUGACACAUUGAAGUCCAGUCACACGCUCACGGGUAAUUUGCUGGAGUUGAAGCGCUUCAUGCACAGUCUGAAGCUGAAGAUCAACAUUGCUGAGAACAAGGAUCAUCCGAAGAUGUAUCUGUGGUCGAAGAAGUGGGAAUCGAGUCCGCCGCCAGCGGAGUCCGGCAGUCAGGUGGAGGGUGUGAAGCUGGAGGAAGGGAAGAAGGUGAAGCCAGAAGGAGGCACUGGCGUGUCGCCGCAGAAGGUGAACAAUGUGCAGCAACCCAAGAUUCCAGAGCCUGAGGCGGCCAUUGACCCGAAAGAGUGCCAACUGCGUCUUCUAGACCACAUUCAGAAGAUGCAAAGUCUGGCCAUGAUGCGACUGCAGACCAUAGACGAGGAGAUAAUGGCUUUGGAGGAGGCUGACAAGGGCUUUGCACAAAUGGAACCUGUGGACAAUUGCCCAAAGACGAAGCAGACAAUGCGAAUGCUUCUCGCAGACCUCCAGACACUCCACAAAAUCGCCAAGAUUCAAGGGUAAAUAUUCCCAGUCGUCACGUUGCUGUAUAAGAAAAAUAUUGAGAUGAAGCGCUGAAAUGGUAUUGCAUAUUCAAUUGUCAAAUACCCACGUAGCAGAUGUUCGAAAUAUAAUACAAAAUACUU